AUGAGUAAAAUUUUGUCUAUUGAAUAUUUAAAUGAUUUUAUAUCACCAAAUCAAAAAUGUAUUAAAUCCUUAAAUACAUCAAUUAAUAUUCCUGAAAAUAAUCAAAUAAAUUUAGAUAAAAAAGGAUAUUAUGAAAUCAAUAAUGGCACAAAAAGAAAACUAGAACCAGCAACUAUAACUUUAAAUGAUUGUUUAGCAUGCAAUGGAUGUAUUACAUCAACAGAAAGCAUUUUUAUUGAAUCACAAUCAUAUCAAAAAAUUAACGCUAUUAUUGAAGAAAAUAUGAGCCUCGAAGAAAAUGAACGGAAAAUCUUAGUAGCAUCUAUUUCACCUCAAUCACGAGCAUCACUCGCAGCAGUUUUUAAUAUUUCUAUAAAAUCAACACAUGCUCGUUUAACAUACUUUUUUACAAAAUUGUUGUCAUUUUCACAUUUUGUAGAUACAAACUUUGGAAGAGAAUUAGCAUUAUAUGAACUAUCUAACGAUUUUAUUCAACGCUAUAAAACAAAAAAAAAAGGUUAUGAUGAUCAAAUACUACCCUUGCUCACAUCAGCAUGUCCAGGAUGGAUAUGUUAUGCAGAAAAAACUCAUUCAGAAAUUUUACCAUAUAUAUCUCGUGUAAAAUCUCCACAACAAAUUACAGGUACUAUAAUUAAAUCUAAAUUAACAGAAAUAUCAAACAAGCAAAAACAACAUAUUUACCAUGUUUCAAUAAUGCCAUGCUUUGAUAAAAAAUUAGAAGCAAGCAGAGAAGAAUUUUCAGAAAAUGGUAUUAAAGAUGUUGAUUGCGUUAUUACAACAUCAGAAGUACUAGAAAUGUUAAGAGAACGAUCAUUAGAUUUACAAAAAAUGCCAGAAGCACCUCAUGAUUCUUUAAUAUCAUGUUAUAUGGAUACGGAUAUAAUGGAACAUCCUGGUUCAUCAUCAGGUGGAUAUCUCUUUCAAAUAUUUACAUUUGCUGCUCAAGAGUUAUUUAACAUAGAUCUUACAAACACAAAUUCAACUCAUAACAUAACACAUAUAAUACGAAAUAAUGAUAUGAUGGAAUAUAUUCUAAAAGGAUCAGAUAAUUCAAUUCUUCUUCGAAUGGCAAUAUGUUACGGCUUUAGAAAUAUACAAAAUCUUAUCAGGAAAUUAAAAACCAAAAAAAAGAACAUAUCACAAGAAACAAAUUAUGAUUUUGUAGAAGUCAUGGCAUGUCCAUCUGGAUGUAUUAACGGAGGAGGUCAAUUAAAACCAAAAACAAUAGAGUUAUCCAAAACAUUUACACAAAAAGAAUGGAUCGAUCACGUAAAUAAUUUAUAUAAUUCUAGUACAAAAAUGACCAUUAAUUCAAUUCGCAUAUUACAAUAUAUAAAAAACUGGGAUCGUGAUUUUGCAUAUAAAAUAUUAUAUACGACUUAUCGUUCUAUACCACAAACUUCUAACAAACAACUAAACCAAGAUUGGUAA